CCCCCAGUGGCGAGACGGCGUUCAAGGCGAUGACGCAGGCGCUGGGCUGGGCGCGCCGCCCCAUGCUGGAGCGGAUCCACCUGCUCCCGCGGGAACUGCCCAUCACCCUGAUCUACGGCGCCGAGUCCUGGAUCGACACCAGCACCGGGCGCCGGGUGCGGGAGCUGCGGCCCGACAGCUACGUCCGGCACCUGGCCAUCGCUGGCGCCUCGCACCACGUCUACGCCGACCAGCCUGCUGCCUUCAACGUGGCCGUGCAGGAGAUCUGCGACUCCGUGGACUGAUGGGCUGACCCCACCCCAACGCGGGGGCACAGACCCCCUCCCCAGCGGGGCUGGGCCACAGGCUAAAUCCCCCUGUGCCUCCCCAGAGCCCCCCGCUCCCCAGCCACCUAGGAUUCUUCGCUGCCACUGAAGUCUCGGGGCUGCAAGUUGGGGGGAAGGGGGGACGCAUCAAGAUUGUGCUGAUUGAGGGUUUUAUACCUCCGUCUCCCGGCUGAUUCAUUCCACCCUUCCCCUUUGCUUCUCACUCUCCUGGGCUAUCCCUGUCCCCUGUGGCGGGGGAGGACUGGUCCUUGAGAUGUUGGGGGGGGGGCAGGGGCCUGGGACCCGGGGGCCUUUCCCCUCUAGGGGUGCUAGAUAUGAUCCGGACCCAGGGCAGGGGAGCGGCUCUCUGGGGAAGAGGGGGAAAUAGAGCCGCCCCCCUCCCCCGCCCCAGCCAUCUGAAUCUCCCUCUGCUCUGUGACCCUCCUGAUGUGCCUUAGGCUGCUGCAGCCACCUCUGGGGCACGAGGCCCCGUGGUCGUGUGUGUGCGACGCACGGUUUCGAAUGCACAUGGCUGGCAAGCUGCCAGGGGUCCUUUGCCCCUGUUGUGCCCCCGUCAGCCCCCCAGCCUGUGCGGGACUGAACAGCACCGCCGGCUGCCCCGUCCCAGCUCUGCCCUGGGCUCGGGUUGGGCGGGGAGAGGACGCGAUACCGAAGCCCAAGGGAUCGUCCCACGCUGGGGGCUGGCUGGGACUGGGUGCGUCCGUCUAACGGUGCCAUGUUCUCCCGCGGGCCGCGCCGCGGGGCUUUGUACGGGAACCGCCCCUUUGUACCAAGUUUCUAUUUUAAU